AUAACGAUGGGACGCGGCUGCUCAUCCAUAUUAGAAGAGUCUUUAAUGAACUCAGCCCGAGCAGAAGACACUCCUCCUGCUCACGGCACUCCGCUGUAGCUCCCGUACCGAGUCGAUGCGCGCGAGGAGGGAGACACAAAAAGAAAGAAAAGAAACCCGCCUCAUCUUUUCUUUUUUCUUUUUCACCAGCGUCGUCUCGAAGACACAGAAGACAGCGCUGCGAACGGAGAUGUGCUCCGAUAGCAGGAGAAGCCCGUCUUGAAGUCGCUGUUUCCGCAGCCUCCUCGCGCCCGCGAGGCAGACAGGCACCGACCGGUCCUAUGGGAGACUCCGCGGGGAUGCGCACGGAGUGAAAAAAGAAGAAGAAGAAGAAAGAAAAAAGAAAAAAAAAAGGGCAAGCGGCAUUGUGAUUGAUCUAGAAACAUUUUUUUUUUUUUUUUUUUUAAACGUCGGGUCUCGGGCGGCGAUGUUUGCUCCGCAGCGUCGACGCGGCGGCACGAUCCAACUUGAAGGAGACGUACGUUGUUUCGUUUUAUUCACCGGGGCGGCACAGGCGCGACGCGUUCACCACACCAGCGUCAACCUUUAAAGUUGCAUCACCCGCCCCUCUCCUAAAAAAGAAAAGAGGCGGACGCGCUGUCCGCGGUGCUGAAAUCAGAGCGACUUGGCUGAUCAACUAGUGCGGGAGAGGAAGCCGCUCUCACUUGGCUCACCUGCUCUGUACGGAGGAGCUCCGUGGCUCUGAUUCCGCAGCUUCGGCGAGAGCUAACCCAAACCAGCAGCUGACUGCGCCGCAUCAUGCUGGGGAUGAAGUGGAAGAUGGUGGUGGACUCCCUGCGUGGACGGAGAAGGAGACUGCCCUGCUCCCUCUGGUUCCUCCUGCUGUUCGCCGCCGGAGGUCUGGUUCUCUUCAUCCACCAGUGGGACCUGUCGGAGAUGACCCUGCAGCAAGUCCCAGGAGUGAAGCUUAAAAGCAACCCACGGCAGUCCAGAGAGACUCUUUCUACGCAGGACAGAGAGAGGGGAAAAUCUGACAAUUAUCAGGACCGGACCGAAGGCGCCUUGUCCAGUCCGAUCCCUCCGAUGCAGUUCCCCCACUUUGAGGCGAUUAAACAGACGGCCACCCCUGGGUCUCGGGAGCAGAGCAGACCGGCGUCCUCCCCUCGGUCCCGGGAGCAGAGCAGACCGGCGUCCUCCCCUGGGUCCCGGGAGCAGGACAUAACCCUCGUCCAUGUCUCCAAAAGGCAACGCAAACUGCUGAAAACAAGUCCCCCGAUCCACCACAACACCAAUAGUGAUUCCUCAUCUUCUUCUACGUCCUCCUCCCCCUCGGCCUCUGGCUCCUUGGACCCCGACCGGUGGAAGAAGCUCACCAACAUUCAGAUAGCCCGCCGGCAACUGAUGAAGGAGAUCUGCGCCAAGUACAAAAGCAGCAUCUCCAAGACCAUCACGGCACAUCACGUGAGCAACCUCUUCGUGGAGGACAAGUACAAGUUGCUGUACUGCCAGGUGCCCAAGGCGGGCUGCUCCAACUGGAAGAGGACCCUGAUCGUGCUGGCGGGCCUGGCCUCCAACGCUCAGAGCAUUCAACACGACACGGUCCACGAGGGCCACUAUCUCAGGGAGCUCAACACCUUCGACCGAAAGGGAAUCAUGCACCGUCUGGAGACCUACACCAAAGUCAUGUUCGUCCGAGAGCCCUUGGAGAGAAUGGUGUCGGCUUACAGGGACAAGUUUGAGAACCCCAACAGCUACUACCACAGCAUGUUCGGGAAACCCAUCAUCUCCAAGUACAGGGCCAGCCCGUCCCCGGAGGCCCUGAAGACGGGCAACGGGGUCACGUUCAAGGAGUUCGUCCAGUACCUGCUGGACGUCCACCGGCCCGUGGGGAUGGACGUCCACUGGGAGCAGGCGAACCAGCUGUGCAACCCUUGUCUCAUAGACUACGACUUCAUCGGAAAGUUCGAGAACAUGGAGGAGGAGUCCAACUUCCUCCUGCGGUUGACUGGCGCUCCGCCCAACAUCAAGCUGCCCAGUUUCAAAGACAGGAACCCGGCCGACAAGAGAACCUCCACGAACAUCACACAAAAAUACUUUUCACAGGUCAGCACGCUGGAGAGACAGCGGAUCUAUGACUUCUACUACACGGACUACCUGAUGUUCAACUACACCAAGCCUUUCAAGGAUUUAUACUGACGGACUCCGAUCAACUCUUGAGCCACGAGUCACAUUCCACGUCUGCAUCACCACCAUGACAGUCAUUUUGACAUAAAGAGGCUAUAUAUACACAUGCUCACAUGGACCUUUGCCUCGAAGCAGAGGCAUCGGAGAGACUAAACAACUAUCGACUUGAUGCCGCAAAAGCUGCUUUUUUUAUGCAUACAUUUAUACCAGAUUAUCUUCAUUUUCAACUAUGUGGUGAAAAGGUAUGUCAAAAACUCUAAAUUGUCCUGAAAUCAAAGUUAUAUAUUCACUAAUAGCACAUGGUGAGGUAAACAUUGUAAAUGUUGUGCUUCUUACAAAUAAAAGUGUAUUAUUGUUCAACAGGCUUUACUGCCUUACUGUGAGUCAAAUAGGAUUUGCAAAUGCGUUUUUAAUGCAAUUUAAUACAGCUUUUUAUUCGUAUUCCUAAAGUCAAAAGUGAUCGAGGAGCCUCUAUGACCUGCCUUUAGAAUAAUGAAACCAAAACAUUUAUGAAUAUAGUUGCUUUGGGCGACCUCACUAAGAUCUGAGUAAUGAUCGACCCCCGUGUCCUGCAAUCUGUUCAUUCGGACUGGCUGCAAUUAUAAUAUUGAUUCAUUGGAAAUAUUUGCAUGGACCAUUUGACUCACAGCCGGCCCGGUCAUCGGUAUAUACCUCUAUGUACUAAUGCAUACUAAUACACAUAUUUUAUGUCAAUGGUUUUAUUGAACACAAACCGUGACACAAUAAAAACACUAUAAAUAGUAGAAAUCUUUAAAAUGUGUCAAGUGCUGCCCACUCGGAAGCUGUGUGCACCUACUGUAGCAAUUUUUGUACUUCUAACUUUUGUCCGACAGGUUUGUGCUUUGGCCUCUCACGCACUCACACACACACGCACACACACACACACACACGCACACACACACACACACGCACACGGGCUGCAGGUGCCCAUCACUGUGGAGGUACUGUACCCGGGUGGCAGGACAUCCAGGUGCAGCACCGUCUCGCGCCAAUCGGUGAGACAGACUGACUAAUCAUCCACUUUCUAGUCUGUUGAUAUCCACUGGGUCAAAAUUCAAAAUUUAAAAACAUUUUUAAAAAACCCACAAAAACAGAUGUUUGGACUUUCAUGACCACCGGAAAAUUGUAUGAUUUGGACAUUUAAAAAAAGAAAAGAGCGCGUCCAAACUUAUCCAGCUCAUCUCACUAAACAGCUGUCACCUCUCACAGCGUCAGUAACUCCACAUCCUGUGUCAUCACACCUGUUCUACACCACCAUGUCGGCUUUUUACGUUUGCUUUUUUCCUCACACUACUGUGUACAAUUGUAUAAUGGGCAUUCAGAUGACUAUCUAUUUUUCUAUGUAUUUCUAAAAUAUAUAUAUUCAGUGCUUAUGGUGAAGGUAUGUUCGUUUCCUUUUUGAUGUCAUAUGUUGUUCUUUCAGUAAUAACGGUGUAGAGUUGUCGCGUUACAGAAGACUUUCUUUCCAAAAUGUAGAAAAUAUCCACCAGCU